AUGCUUUUUCGUCCCAGCAUUCGUUGUCGCCAACCUCAAUCUGGGCCAAUACUCUUUUCCCCUCGUUUCAUCAUCUCUUCUUCUAAAACCCUAUACCUCCCAAUCCGCAAUUACACCACUCCACGCGAAUACCAAUCUAAACCCAGAGUCCCACUUCAACGCUCUCAGGCAGCAUCUGUCGCCCUCAAUCCUCCUAGCACCACACAUCCACCCCCUUUAAGCCUCCCCGAGAAGCCUCCCGACCUCCCAAAAUACAAGAACUACUUCCGUGUCGGCAAAGCUUACGGUGUCUUCUACAAAACCGGUCUCAAGGCCAUUUGGACAAACUACAAGCUCGCCCGAGCCCUUCCUAACCAUAUCUUCUCCAGUGGCCAAGCUAAAGUUCAUCAAGCCGUUCGCCAUGGUCUACUGUCGCGCGCGGACUUUCAACUGAUCCGCCGUACUCGACGUGACAUCAACAAAGUGCCACUGUUCGCACUGAUAUGGCUCAUUUGCGGAGGGUUUACCCCGUUGAUCGUUAUUUUCUUCACCGGGGCUGUCCCGCGAACUAUAUGGAUUCCCAAGCAAGUGCGAAAAGCGCGCGAAGAAGCGGAGAGACGGAGGUCAAAGAGUAGGAAAGAAAGCGUAGUUCUUUUUGCCGGCCCUCCACGGCGAUCCGACAUAGAAUCAAUGCCCGAUGAGCCCCAGCGUAAUGCCUUGAAGUCCUACGCGCAAUCGUUAGGCUUGUACCCUGCUUGGUGGGAUCGCUGGAUCCCUACUCUGGUUCCGACGUCGUUGAUUAAGAGCAGAGUAUACAGGAGGCUUGGAGAACUGGAAGUGGAUGACUUCGCUAUCGAGAGGGACGGAGGUGCAGGGAAGAUGGCAGGAGAAGAAGUACGGAUGGCUUGUGAAGAGAGGGGAAUCGAUAUUCUGGGAAAGGAGGAGAGAAACCUGAGAAUGGACCUCGAGCGGUGGAUGGAGCGGGGAGAAGAAAGGGAUAAGAAUGCAGACGAGAAGAUCAGAUAUCCAAUUGGGACUGGGAAAUAG